AUGGUAUCAGUCAUCACUUGUAAUGUAGACGAGGAUUGCGUCUUCUCUCUCAUUCUCUCUGUGCGCCUUGCUCUGAAAAAAUCACACACAUUUUUCCAGUCUUUGUCGCCUGAGAACACCGGAAAAGAUACACCAAAAACAAGAAAAAAGCAUAGAAUAGAAGAAAGCAGAAAGGAAGAGAGAAGCAAGCAAGCAUAUGAGAAUGGGAUCGACAAACACAAACCCAUUCAAAGACCAAUCCUCCUUUCCUUUCCCCUUCCCAAAGAAACUCUUCCUCUUCGCUCUUUAAGCUCUUCUUCCCAUUACCCUCCUUCGUUUCUACUUUUACCCUCUUCGUCUUCCUCAAUCCACCAUCACCAUCACUUCCCAAUCUUCCUUCUCUCCUUCUUCACUAUCUUCUUCUGCAGGUACUUGACAGAUUCAUUAUCAACUUUUGGGGUUGUGGGAUUUUGCAGGUUUUUCCAGAUCAGACUUUUACAUGUUGUUUUGUUUGUUUCUGAAUUUGCAGAAGAAGAACAAAGAGCUGAUGAGACCCCAUGUGACUACUUCAAUGGCAAAUGGGUCCGUGACGCAAGAGGCCCUUUGUACAAUGGCACGACCUGUGGAACCAUCAAGGAAGGUCAGAACUGCGUCAGCCAUGGCAGACCAGACACAGGUUAUCUCUAUUGGAGAUGGAAACCCACACACUGCAAUCUCCCAAGGUUCGAACCUCAAUCUUUCCUUCAGCUUCUCAACCACAAGCACUUAGCUUUUGUGGGUGAUUCCAUGGCUAGGAACCAAUUAGAGUCACUUCUCUGUAUGUUGGCCACUGUUUCAACCCCAAAUCUGGUCUACAGAAAUGGUGAAGACAACAAAUUUCGCAGAUGGCAUUUUGCUUCUCACAAUGCCACCGUGUCUGUUUACUGGUCUCCAUUUCUGGUAAAAGGGGUUGAGAAAUCAAACUCAGGACCAAAUCAUAAUGAACUGUACUUAGAUCUUGUUGAUGAGAGAUGGGCAAGAGAUCUGAAUCAAAUAGACUUGAUAGUGCUUUCAAUAGGUCACUGGUUUCUGCAUCCUGCAGUUUACUAUGAAGGUGACUCAGUGUUGGGCUGCCAUUACUGUCCUGGUCUGAAUCACACAGAGAUUGGAUUCUAUGAUGUGUUGAGAAAGGCUUUAAGGACAAGCCUGAGGAGCAUAAUUGAAAGAAGAGAUAGGAUCCAAGUGACAGUGACAACAUUUUCUCCAGCUCACUUUGAAGGUGAGUGGGAUAAAGCUGGGGCAUGUCCUAAGACUGAGCCAUUCAGAAAGGAAGAGAAGGAGCUUGAAGGGAUGGAUUCUGAGAUGAGGAAGAUUGAGGUUGAAGAAGUGGAAGCUGCUAACAAGGCUUAUAACGAUGAGAGAUUUGGAUUAGAGGUAUUGGAUGUGAUGAAGCUAGCAUUGAUGAGGCCAGAUGGGCAUCCAGGAGCUUACAUGUAUCCAUUUCCAUUUGUUAAUGGGGUUAAAGAACAUGUUCAAAAUAAUUGUGUUCAUUGGUGCUUGUCUGGUCCUAUAGACACAUGGAAUGAAAUCUUUCUGGAGAUCAUAAAAAAAUAGUUCAUCAAGAUCUGAAGAAUCAGACAUUUUUCUCACGGAAAGAAUGACUUUUAGUUCUAAAAGAUUGAAUUAAUGACAGUUAAGUUACCUAUAAUAAUUCUAAAAAAAUGAGUUGAAAAUAUCAAUAUUCACA